ACGUGUUGGUGUCUGCUAGCAGUGAGUGACGGUUGUCUCUGUCUGUUAAAUUUAGGUUAUGUUUACAAUUUUAAAACCGGUACUUAUUGGAUCAGAUUAUAUGUGUAAGCCUUCGAAAAUAUAACAGAUUCCUAAUAUUAUUUUAUAAAAAUUAAAACUUUGCAUGGUCAUUGGUUUGUAAAAACAAUGAGCAACAUGAUUGAAGAAUAUCAGUCAGGUAGUGAUGAGGAGAGCCAUGGCUGUGACAUCACUCCAGAAAUGGAAACUGUGUUCACAAAACAUUUUCACUUGGACCGGGAAGAAGCAGUUGCUCUGAAGAGGAAUUACAUUCUGCACAUGUCUGCCACAUCUAUGGGCUCGGAGACAAGGUUGGGCUUGGGACUUGCCAGUUAUGAUGCCUGUGUGUACUCCCUAGGGGCCUCCCUCAGGUGUACCAACAGUCUACCACCAGAGAACAGUCCUAUCGUCAAUGUCAGAUUUGCACCUGACAAUGAAUCACUGCUCUAUGUAGGAUACAGUCAAGGAACCAUCAAGCUCUGGGACCUCAGGGACACCAAACAGUGCGCUCAACAGUUCAAAGACACAACAGACCCAAAGAGCAAGAAUUUGCACGAGAAGGUCUUCAGUAGCUUUGAUGUGAACUGUGAGGGGAGGUUUCUGUGUGCGGGGACGGAGGUGACAGACGGGGAUGCUUUCCUGCUCUUCUGGGACACGAGGCAGGCAUCUCUCCUCGGCGGAUAUUGGGAGUGCCACACAGACGUAGUUACCCAGGUGAAGUUUCACCCGAGUGAGAAGGAUCAUCUGCUCUCUGGCUCUACUGACGGCUGCCUGAUCAACUUCUACGACGUCAGCCAGACAGAGGAGGAUGAGGCCUUAUUGCAGUCGUUAAACACCCAAUCAUCUGUGGACAAAGUGCAGUGGCAUGAAGGAACAAAUACAACAGUGUCCUGUGUUACUCAUACAUCAGAUGUCCAACUGUGGCAUCUGGACGACAGCUCACCCUUCAACACUUUCUCUAGGACAGAAUAUAGCCUCAACACUCCAGAUGAAAAUGAAGACGUAGAGGAUAGUUCGUACGUAGCAGAUGUCCACUCCACUUCCGAGCUGGACAAACUCUUUGUGUUGGCUGGUUCCAACUUGGGCAAAGGGAGGUGCUUGCGUUCAGCUAUGGUGAGCUCAGGAAAACUGUCUCCACUCUCCUACUUCGAUGGCAACAAGCAGAUAGUCAGGUGUUCUUGGUUUGAUCCUCAAGCGGAGAUUUUGGUGACAGGAGGAGAAGCUGGAAUUCUAAGCCUCUGGAAAUGUGGGAAGGAGGACACAUUGGCAAAUCCAUCCCAACUAAAGGCCACAAGUAAAUUAAAAGAAAAGCCGCACAAGACGAAGGUAAAACCAUACUGAGCGAUUGAAGAAUUAUUUAAUUUUUUUAAAACCAAUAAAUAAUUUUUAUUUUUUA